GCGCCCUCUAUACGGAAGUAAAGCUGUCAGCGCGAGACAGGAAAUGAAGGCAGGCAUUUUUAAAUUGUAAAGCAGCGCAGACAGCUUGCAGUAAUCUUCCUAAUUGUUCUUUAAACAAGAAUAUAUCUCGUCAAAAUGUCGAAGAAUAAUGAUUCGAACCAAUUCAGGAAGGUGGACGUUGACGAGUACGACGAGAACAAAUUUGUGGACGAUGAGGAUAAUGGAGAGAGCCAGGUCGGUCCAGAUGAAGCAGAAGUGGAUUCGCUGAUCAGACAAGGGAACCUGAUGGAAGCUCUGCAGGCUGUACUAAAGAAUCCCCCCAUCAACACCAAAAACCAAAAUGUUAAGGAUCGUGCUGAAGCCCUGAUGCUUAAAGUACUGAGUGCCUUCAAGAGCAGUGACAUUGAGAAGGCUGUUCAGUCUCUGGAUAAGAAUGGAGUUGAUCUGCUGAUGAAGUACAUCUACAAGGGCUUUGAGAAUCCCUCUGAAAACAGCAGUGCUACCCUGCUGCAGUGGCACGAAAAGGCUCUCUCUGCUGGAGGAGUGGGCUCCAUCGUGAGAGUGCUGACAGCCAGGAAAACUGUGUAGAGCUGCACUGGACCUGACUGACUGCCACUGGGACCACUCACUCAGGGGAUGUGCUGGCACUAAAACCCCCAGGGCCUGUACUCAUAAAGCAUCUGAGUCAGAGUGCUGAUCCAGGAUCUGUUUUGCUUUUUAUAUAAUAAUGAAUAAAUUACAUGGACAGGGUUGACCUGAUCCUAGAUCAGCACUCCUAUACUGAGACGCUAUAUAAAUACAGUCCCAGAACUGGUUUCCUCUCUACGCUUGAAGGAAGCUCGCAGACACCAGACGACCUGUCUCAAAUGGCCCCUUCUCAGUCCUAAAAUGCGUUAUGAUAUUUGAUCAGAAUCCAACGUUUGUCAAACAUUUUGUGCUCUUUUUGUCAAAGAAGAUGAGAAAUACUCAUAUCGUAAGUUUUACAUCAUCUUAAUGUCGUAAGGAGGACAUGUAAUAAUAAUAUGCCAUUUUCCGAGAUAGAUUUUGUGGUAUCAUCAUGGUGGGUAGAUGGAACCAUACAGUAAGAUUUUAUUCCCUCUAAUGCAGAGCAGUUUGUGUGUGAUUAUGCUUGAACUAGUUAACCUGGUCCCAGAUCAGUGGAGGCUGCUCAGGGGAGGACGGCUCAUAAUAAUGUCUGGAACGGAUCAAAUAGAA